AUAGGACGUUGCCCCUUUAAGGCAGGGCCGCGCUUAUAUUCCAGGGCGCGCCCCCGCUGCCACAGUCCAAGAUGGCGGAUCUGCUCGGUUCAAUUCUCAGCUCCAUGGAGCGGCCGCCGCAGGUCGGUGACCAGGAGUCCCGGCGCAAGGCUAAAGAACAGGCCGCCCGGCUGAAGAAAAUGCAGGAGCACGAGAAGCGCAAGAAAGUGGAGUUCAGGAAACGGAUGGAGCAGGAGGUGAGUCAGUUCAUACAGGACAGCUCACAGACCAGGAGGAAGUUUGAGUCGAUGGGGAAGAUUGAGCGCAGCAUCGUUCACGAUGUUGUGGAAGUCGCCGGCCUGACGUCCUUUUCUUUUGGGGACGAUGAGGAGACUCGUUAUGUGAUGAUAUUCAAGAAGGAGUUUGCCCCGUCAGAUGAAGAGCUGGAGGCGUAUAGACGAGGGGAGGAGUGGGACCCCAGUAAGGCUGAAGAGAAGAAGAAGCUGAAGGAGCUGGCGCUGCGAGAGGCACAAGCUGAUGCCCUGAGACCCCCGGCCAGAGUGAGCCCCACGUCAGACUAUAAGGAUAAAUACAGUCACCUGAUUGGCAAAGUGGCAGCUAAAGAUGCGGCUCACACUCUGCAGGCCAACAAGGCUUACGGCUGUGUUCCCGUUGCCAAUAAGAGAGACACCCGCUCCAUCGAGGAGGCCAUGAACGAGAUCCGAGCCAAAAAGCGGCUAAAGAAUGAAGAUGGAGAUCCGGCGAGUGUCAGCUCUUGAGACUGUGUCGUUGCCGCUGGAGGAAACAUGGCCACUGUAUCUGGCCCGGGGGCUUCCUGUUUUAUGCUCUGAUGCUUUUAUAAUUCUAUAUUUACAUCUUAUUAUAUAUAUUAUUUGAGGGGUGGGUGUGGCCGUGCUCUGGGCUCCUCCUGUCAUUGGCUGGUGUGCAAGUUGGGUAAGGGAGUGAGGGGGGGCAUUUUCUGUCAUUUUAAUCACUUUUAAUUCUUUUAAUAUUCACCCCCCAAAUGAGUGUGAGGUCAGCUGUGCAUGAGGGGUGCUGGUUAUUGGAGGGGAGGGGAGGGGAGGGCACCCACUUGCUCCCACCCAUGAUAUGAAGCCUUAAAGCUGUGAGUUUGUUUGUACUGGGGGACCCCAAGCUGUCAGUCUCCCCGCUGCUCUACAGAAUCAGGAGCCGCUGCUCUUGGGGUCCCUCAUUAUUUAUAUUUCUGUUUGUCCCCCCAUAUUCCCUGGUGCCGCCCCUUUAUUACUGGGACCCCAAUGUUCUCAGUCCAAUAAUAAACGUGUUACUAAUUCUAA